AUGAACCAAUUUAUUAAUAAAUUAUUAGGAAAAGAUGAUGAACAUUGUCAUUCACAUAAAAGUGAUGAAAAAUGUGAAAGUGAAACAUGUAAUUCAUUAAUACUUGGUGGUGAAAAACUUGGUUGUAAAACUGAUAAUAAACCAAUAAAUAUUAAUACAGAUGAACAUAUUAUCGAAGGUCGAACAAUACAACAUGAUGGUGUCAAUAUUAAAUCGACUGUUUCAUCAGAUGUUAGUUCAACUGUAUCAAUUGCUAAUCAACAGAAACUUACUGAUCUUGUUUCGAAAUUAAGUUCAACACAUGCACAAAUCAAUGAAUAUGCUAAUCGACAAACAGCAAAAAUCGAUGAAGAAAUUCAACGUGAAAUCGAUCUGAUUGUUGCACGUACACGUCAACAACAAGAAGAACUUCUUCGAAAAGCGAAUGAAGAGACCUAUCAAAUUGAUGCUGAAUAUCGUUUACGAUUACAAAAAAUGGUUGAAGAAAUUGAUGCUAAUAAAGCAAAACGAAUAGCUGAUAUUGAAAAAGAAUUAAAUAAAUUACAAGGUGAUAUAUUACAAGGUGCUAAAAAUGAUAUUGAUCUAUUAAAUAAAAAAGCAGCUAGUCUUAAACUUGAUAUUUUACAAGAAGCACAAUCAAGAGCAGCAUUAGAAACAAAUGAUCUUACAAGUCAAGCAAAAUAUUUAGGUCAAGCAUCAACUCUUCAUCAAUCAACAGGUACAACUACGAUUAAAACAGAUAUAUCAGCAGUAGCAACAGCUAAUGAAACUAAUGGCACAAAAAUGACAGGAAAAGUAUCAAGUAAAGAUACUCAUGUAUCGACUAGUGGCGCUCACAGAAUCUAA